AUGGAUGCCGCUAGGUUAAAAUUACGCAGCAUAAUACAGAAAGGGAGACUCCUCAUCACAGUGGAGCAGGGGCAGUGGCGUAGCUGUGGCAGCGGGGGAUUUGCCCCAACAGGCGCAGCAGCAGCUGCACCAGCAGAAGGCCUGGGUAGGCCCCAGCGCCUUCUUGAAAUGGAGCAGCCGGAAUCUGUUGCUGCUGCUGCUGCUUUGUGGCAUCCUCCUCACGUCCAGCAACAAGAAUUUCAGGCACAGGAGGAAGAAGAGCAGGAGCUGCCUGCUACCCCGUCUCAUCUUCGGGAGACUCUUCAAGAAUCCAGUCAGCAACAUGAUACGGAUAGGGGUCAGAGGGAAUCUUCGGAGGGUCCUUCCGAUGACGGCCUCCCCAGCGGCGCUGCUGCAGCGUUGCGGGCAAUCGAUACGGCAAAUGCAGCAGCAGCUGCAGCAGCAGAACGAGCAGCAGCAGAACGAGCAGCAGCAGAACGAGCAGCAGGAGGAGGGCGUCUCGCCUUUGAUUCUCCUGGAAGCCGCGGUUCCUUGGCUAAUAGUGGGGGUCGAGGACGCCGUCAUUUGAGGAGACAGGGUGAAGAUGAGACAGCAGAGGCUACGACAGCAGCUGCUGGCGGCACUCCGAGUAGGCCAAAGCUGAGGCGCAGUGACGAGGGCAGCAACAGCAGCAGCAACAGCAGCAGCAAAUCCAGAGAGGAGCUUCUUGAGGCCUCUAUAGGUGCUGGCAGCUCGGGGGGCAAUUCGACUCCCGAAAAGAAGUCGGGCGCCUUAUCAGCAGCAGCAGCCGCGGGAGAGGCAGCGGCAUCUAGAACGCCCAGUGUCACUGCCUCAUCUCUCCCAGUGUCGCCUUCCCCCGCAGAUCAGCAGCAGCAACAGCAGCAGCAACAGCUGAUGCUGAUGAUGCAGGAAGGAUCUAAGAAGCGGCCUCGACGGGCAGGGGGCUCCAGGGGACGGACUUGUUGGCGAGGCAGAGAUGACAACGGAGUGCCAGAAGAGGGUGACCCCUUAGACGCGGCUGCCCCCCCCCCCUCGCCAUUUGACUCCCAGCAGCAGCAGCAGCAGCAGCAGCAGCACAAGCAAGGAGAAAUGGCCGUUCCUCAGAGUGGACGUAAGCGGCGGGCUGUGGGCUACGUGUUUAUUGUGGAGGGGGGCCCUGCAGAGGAAGGGGUCGCUGCUGCGGUGGCUUCGACAGCAAAAAAGGAGGAGUCUGAAGCAGCAGCUGCAGCUGCUUCAGUUGCAGCUGCUUCAGUUGCAGCUGCUUCAGCUGCAGGGGAAUCGGGAGGCCGCUUUUCUGCCCGUUUACGACAGCGUCCAGAGCCACGUGGGGUUGCUUUAGGGGGGGGGGGUGUCUCUCCCUCGUGCGAAGGGGGCUAUCCGGGGGGGGGAUCUCUGAUGAGUGGCUCUCCCGGAGGCUUGUCUCAACUUGUAUAUACUUGCGACGACGCAGCCUAUGCCGCGGUAACCCCCUCGCAAGCAGGGCUGGGAGGGGGUGGUUCUGGCGUUCCUGCUGGAGGCGGUCCUUGCGCUUCCGUUUCGCGGAGAUCUGGAGUGACGACCUCGGGGGUGGCGCAGGAUGCUGCAGUGAGGCAGCGAUUUCUGGUGUCUCAGCGGCGCAUUCGGGGGGUGGAGCGUUAUUUGCAGUUGUGUGAGCAGUUGUAUUUCGGUUUUUGGGGGGGUCGCACGGGAGGCGGCAGCAGCAACAGCAGCAGUGGGGGUUCCGGCAGCGUGGGCAGCAGAGUGGUAGGCGACAUCGAGGUGAUUCGGGGGGGGGGCGGUGCCCAGAUGGCGGCAUUGGGGGCCCCUCCAGAAGGCGAUGCCUUGGGGGAUGGGGGCAACGAGAGUCAAGUCGGUGCCGUUAUCCAUCGCCUUAUUGUGUGCAACAAUACGCAAAGGGAGCGGGGCGCUACAGCCGCAGCGGGGGGGGGGGGCGGCUCCGGCUACCGCAGCAGCAGCAAGGACCAGCAGCAGCAGGAGUCGAAUCAGCAACAGCAACGUCGUGGUCGGGGGCCGUGCAUUCGUUUGACCCCCAUAGAGCUUCUGACAUCUCCCCUGAGACAUCGCAACGUGCUGGACCUCUGGGGUCCUAAGGAGGUGGCUCUGUUUGAAGCCGGCAUCUGCAAAUACGGCAAGGACUUCAAUAUGUUGCAACGACUCAUCGAGACGAAAACAACCAAAGAAGUCGUGGAUUUUUAUUACCUUUGGAAGCAAACCAACAGGUAUGCUUCAUGGAAAGCGCACAGAAAUCUAUCCAGAACCAUGUUGCAUUCCGUGUUUGGCUAA